UGCAGCACCGCACUGGUGCUGGAUCUGCCUAAAACCACGUGCAAGCAGUCGCAAAGGGUCAGAUACUAAGAGCUGGACUGCUUUUGCCACUGCUUGCGCCGUCAAAGUCAUUCUUGUUGGAGUGCAGCACUGUGCAGUGUGCCUUAAGAGCCGUAACGCGGCGCAUUGAUCGCGCGACCGUCAUUAGCACUCUUGCACGCAACCGUCACCAGCACUCCUGCACGCUUGUACGCCAUCGCCGCGAACCAAACAACUAGCAGCGCCGCAGCAUAAAUGCGGCGCCACGCGCUCGCCGCGCUGCUCGCGACGGCGACGGCCCUCUACAAAGUAGAUAUACAUAUUGCGGGACGAGCGCCAUCCCCAAAAAGCUGGGAGGCCGCCGCCGUCGACGAGUACGCGAAGCGAUUGCGCGGGACCAUCGACCUGAAGACGACGUGGCACAAGAGCGGCGACCAGCUCGAAAAGUCCAUCGCGAAGAUGGAGGCCGUCCUCUGCCUCUCUCCAGAGGGAAAACGGGUCGACAGCGAGGGGUUCUCAAAACUUUUGUAUGAUUCGUUGGACAAAGGCGGGUCGCGGCUGUGUCUGUGCAUCGGCCCGGCCGAGGGCUUCACGGAUGAAUUAAGGGGGCGGGCGUCGCUGCUGAGCCUGUCAGAUUUAACCUUGCCGCACCAGCUCGCGCGCGUCGUGUUGGCGGAGCAAAUUUACAGGGCGGCGGAAAUUAGGAGAGGGAGCGGGUACCACAAGUAAUCUGUUGUUAUGUGUCUUCUUUGAUCUACGGC